UCCACUGUGUGUUAUAGUUAAGCAGCAUUGCAUUGGGCUCCCAUCUCCUCUCUGCCACACUUGGCUGUGACUUCCAGCAUGUCCUCAUCUGUAAAGUGAAAAGAAUGUGGUGCCUGCCUUCUAGGGUUCUCCUUAAAUAAAUGGGUAGCUGAACAUGUCCCAGAUAGUCACUGGUAGCCAGACAGGUGGACAUUUGUCUUUGGAGAGCGUAGGUUUCUUCAGGACUCUAAAAUACCAGUCUGGGCUCCUGGAACCCUCUAGCACUUCUAACUUCUUUGGGCAGCAGAUUGCUACCUGUUUCUCGUGGAAGGUGUGGAGUCACCUGUCCACCAGCUCAGCUCCACACUAGGCAAAUGAGGUGAUGUCAAAGCUUUGGCAGGGGCCCAGCGCUGUGACCUCCCCCUGUCCCUCCCCUCCUCUCUGCACUCAGAUUCACACACACGUCAGGCCACUGGGCCCAGAGGGAAGGUGAACGGGCCAGAAGUGAAGGUGGAUGGCUGGGCCCAUAGGUCCACUGAAGCGCGUCAUCUCAAGCCCUGCCCAGCUGGUGGGUCCCGGUGCUGCAGCAGGACCUGAGGGGAUCCUGCCCUUCCUUUGACUUUCAGCUCAAUCUGUGGAGACCCCGGAGUUCUGUCCCUCCCUGGGUGAGCCUGUCCCCUGUUUACGUGGGGGUGUCUGGUGCCUAUUCUGCUGGCUGGUGUAUAGACCAGGGCCUGGCCAGGCAGCCAUGGCUGAUGAGAAGACCUUCCGCAUUGGCUUCAUCGUGCUGGGACUUUUCCUGCUGUCUCUUGGCACCUUCCUCAUGAGCCACGACCGGCCCCAGGUCUAUGGCACCUUCUACGCCAUGGGCAGCAUCAUGGUGAUUGGGGGAAUCAUCUGGAGCAUGUGCCAGUGCUACCCCAAGGUUGCCUUUGUGCCUGCGGAUUCUGAUUUUCAAGGUGCCCUAUCCCCAAAGGCACUAGACCUGCUGGAGAGCAGACUGGCUGACCUGAAGAGUCCACAGCCCCCCUAUGUCAGGCUAUGGGAGGAAGCUGCCUAUGACCAGAGCCUGCCCAACUUCAGCCACAUCCAGAUGAAGGUCAUGGGCUACAGCGAGGACCCCCGCCCUCUGCUGACCUCUGAGCUGAAGUCGGGAGGCAAUGGUGGAGGAGAGGGUGGCCCUUGUGACGCUCAGACCUGGAUGGAGACUGCAGUGCUUGUCCACAGGAGUUUGGAUGAGAAUGAAGGAGUAGGAACCCAACCUCAAGACAGCUCCCUGGCUUUUCCCUUGGCCCCUGCACCCUUGGCUUCCUUCCAAGAUGAGUUGGACAUGGACUCCAGUGAAGGCAGCAGCCCUAACUCAUCUCCAGCUGACAGGGAGGAGCCCCACCCUUGGCCACAGGAGCUUCAGGCUGACAUGGGCCCAGUGGACCCCUUCCAUGACUUUGCCCUAAUCGAUGACACCCCCACAUUGGAUGACAGGAUCCUGGAGAAGCAGGCUCAGGAUGCAGCCCAGCCCCAAAGCUGGCAGCCAUCUCUGAGGACAAAGGAAAAGAAGAAGGAUGCUGUAGUCACAGGCUCCGAUGAACCUGAGGAGGAAGAGGAAGACUUGUAUUAUGGGCUUCCAGACAGCCCCGAGGAUGCCCAUCCAGACAAGGAGCUGGGCUUUGAGCCUGAUACCAAGGGUUGAGGUGACUCUGCUUCCCCAUUUCCAGCCUGGUGGGUCUGCUAACUCUAAGAGACCUGACAGGUCCUCAGUUUCCCAAUUUGCCAAGGGGGACUAGAUGGAGGGUCAAAGAAGACAGAUGAUGGGCUGGAGCAUUCUGAGAACUGUAAAGGAAUUUGAGGGUGGAGAUGAAGACUCUCAAGGACCAUUGCUCUUUCAGCUUCUUCCUGCACAUCCUUGAAGGUCCAAUUAGAUUUGUUGAGAUUUUCAGCAGCCGGAUUCUCAGAACUCCUUUCCAGUCUCUCUGAAGAUGGCCUCUGACAGGGCCCCACUGUGGUGCUACCAGGGCCCUGGUCCCAUAUGAAGGGUCCCCUCCGAAUCAGUUUUAGUCCCCACUGGGUGGUGUGAUCCAUUCCACUCAGAGCUGACUGCAUUUCCUGCUGGUUCUGUCCCUUCUGGUGCUCCCAUGAUCCUCUAGUGGGGUGCAUGACUGACCUCUGUUGACUCUCAACUUCACCCCUGGAGUCCCCCUCCCCCAAAUCCACACACUCUCAUUCUACACCAUUCUAUUCUCAUUCUGCUGCCCUCAUUCUCCCUCUCCUAGCUGCCCUUCUCUUUCAGAAUGCCUUUUGAUGAGUUCAACAUCAUUUAUCCAAUGGUUGCAGAGCUAAUUCUAGAGUCUUUACUAAUAUCCUAGGAAUCCUCACUUCUUAAGUUUCCCUUGGGGCAGGGGCAUUUCUCACUGUGUCUUGCCUCCUGCUCCCUGCUCUAUGGUACCAUCUCAGCCUUAAUCACCUCAGUCUCCAGAGUUCCAGAGUCCCAGAAUUGGUGGCCCCUGAGCAGGUAUAGAGCACAGCAGACCCUCAGACAAUGUCAUCCCCUUGAGUUCCCAAUAUUUAUACUCAAAGCCCCUUGACUCUCCAGCAUUCCAAUUUAUUUUUUCUUUUGUUAGUCAUGGGCUUGAACCCAGUGCCUGGGUGUUGUCUCAGUGCUAGUGCUCUACCACUUUGAGCCACAGCCCGAAUUCCAGUUUUUUGGUGGU